GUGCCAAAGGUUCGCCACCGCAUCAUAAACAUGAACACGGAUGUUGCUCGUUGUGUUCAGCUGCUGGACGCGCGCUAAGCCUGCAUUUUCCAGCGAUCAAUGUGCAUAGUUGGGCGAUGCUCUUCCGUGGGUGACAGCCGGGCCCAACACGCGUCGCUCGACCCACGUGCUCGCGGGGCGGCUGGCGGGCUCUGAGCCGGGGGGUCCGCGCGCGUGCCCGGGAUGCAGCAGGCCGGGCGCCGGGAGAACACGGCCCCACCGCGCCCAGGUCGCCGCUGCCGUCGAGGGGCAGGUCUAGGGCGGCCUCCGCCUCUUCUCCUUCCGCCCUCCGGACCAGGCGCCCGGCGGGGGAGCCGAGGAGGAGGAGGAGCCGCGGCCGUCUCGCGAGAUCUCCCAGCCAUGUUGCAGCGGAGGGGCUUGUAAACAGACGGGGAGGCCGCCCACCCGCCCGCCCGUCCAGCCCGCCUGUUGCCCGCAAGGAGCCCCCUCCGAGCCCGGCUCAGAAAGAGGGCGGGCAGCGCCCCCCGCCCCUCCCGGCAAGGUGCUGCGAGACUCUUGUGACUUUGGGUGCCCUGGACUGCCCCCCCACCCCCGGCUGCCCCUCUGAAAUCUUCCCUGGUGGGAUGCGCUUCCGGGCCCGGCCAUGAACCCAGGGGGCACGUCGAAGAGCCUUUAAUACAGACCGCAGCAGAGAUUCAAACCUGCCUUUGUCGGGGAGCCUCCUGCUGGAAGAAUCUUGCCUGGCAGCCACGAUGAACCCUCUUCCCGUGGCGGCUCUGAUCCUGCUCGUCUGCCUGCUUGUGGUCCUCCCAGCCGCAAAGGGCUACAUCCACGCUAUGUCCGGCCACAACUCCAGCAUGGACUUCUCUGACUUGCCUGCCAACUUCGGGAGACCGCUGCCACUCGAGGGACUCCUGGGAAUGCUGGUGGAAGCCAAACCCACCAACGCCUGCCUGCCGAUCGAGGGCCCUCCGGAGCCUGCCAACGCAAGCGGCUUCAUCGCUCUCGUCCGGAGAUAUGAUUGCCACUUUGAUACCAAGGUGUAUCACGCCCAACAGGCUGGGUACGCGGCCGUGAUUGUGCACAAUGUCGGUUCCGACGGUCUGCUUCACAUGGUCUGGGAUGACGAGGACCUCCGCAAACUCAUCACCAUCCCUUCCGUGUUCAUUGGUGAAAGGGCAGCCAACUCCUUGCGCAGCUUCUUCACUUAUGAGAGAGGGGCUCACGUCGUCCUGAUUCCAGAGUACAUCUUCCCUUUGGGCUAUUACCUCAUCCCUUUCACGGGCGUGGUGGGCAUCGUUAUCGCUGUGAUGUGUACCAUUCUGAUUGUGCGCUGCGUUCAGCACCGGAAGCGGCUCAGGAGGAACCGGCUGUCGAAGGACCAGCUGAAGAAAAUCCCCAUCCACAAGUACAAGAAAGGAGACGAGUAUGACGUCUGCGCCAUCUGCCUCGAGGAGUAUGAGGACGGAGCCCGGCUGCGUAUUCUGCCCUGCUCUCAUGCCUAUCACUGCAAGUGUGUGGACCCCUGGCUGACGCAGACCAAGAAGACCUGCCCGGUGUGCAAGCAGCGCGUGAUCCGCUCUCCCGAGGACUCUGACUCAGAAGGCGAGGAGGGGGGAGCGGAGCGGCCCCCUGAAGAGGAGGAGGAGGACUCUGAGCGCACCCCCCUGCUGCGCCCCUCCCCCUCAGCGGCCCUGAGCCCCUCCUUUGGCAGCAUAGCCCAGCCCCCCACUGCCCGCUUGGGGGAGGAAGAUGAGCAAGGACCCAGCACCCAGGAGAGAGGGGCUACCCAAGCCCCCCCAUGGCCACUGCGGGUCUAGCCCUUUCUGCCCCACUAUUCUCUGCUGACCCGAACAGGGACCCUGGGCUUUUACCACUGAGCUUCCAGUAUAUUUUAACCUUUUAUCGAGGGUGGUGGUGGGGGUGUGAGGGAACUAGCAAUUGACCCUCUUGGGGAGAGGAAGAGGAAAUGGGGGGCUUCCAAGCACCCUGUGUGGGCACCAGGCAACCUUUGUUCCCCUGCCCUGUCUUCCCAAGUAGGGGAAAGUGGGAUGGCCCCCCUCCUCCUGUUUCCAAACUGGGGGGGCUCCUGAAUGGAGUUGAACCAGCGAGGGAGUGGGGAGAGCCAUGAGUGUGACUGAAAGGGAAAAUGAGGCCCACCCAGGCCCUGAGCAGAGCUUUGUGAGAGGGCUCGUGGGGAGUGGAGCCCGGUUGUGACUGUGCACCAUGUUUUUGGACAGCGGCUCUGCUUUCGCCCAAAGGAUACUGGAGUUUCUGAACCUUGCAAACUCACAUAACUACCGUGCCCAGGGCCUUUAGAGCCCCGUUGCGGUGCCGGCUGCCUCCUCAGCCCCAUUUGUGUUGUUGGACUUCCUGCAGUUUUCCUUCCAGGUUUGGCCAAGAGGAGGAAGGGCAGACUCUUGUCCCUCCCUCUGGCAAAAUUAGCUGAACUCAAAACCUCCCCCUUCGCCCUUGGAGAGCGGCCAUCUCCACAGCACCAGGAAGUACAGGCCUGGUGGCUCCAGGCGCAGGUGCCCUGAGUGGGCCCACCUGGUGGGGGUGGGGGGUAGACUGGACUUUCCCAUGAACAGGAAGUGGGAACGAUCCUUCUGAUAUGCCAUUUUCAGCCCUCUGUCCUGGAGUUCAAACCCCCCCCCCCUUGAAUCUUUCUUGUACCCCCGCCCCCCUGGACCAGGUUGUGCUGCUGUCCCAUCCAGGAACAGGGCAGUAGCUGCCGCAGCCUUCCUUCGCCUUCUACGGGAUGCGCGGGGGGGGGGGGGUGGAUUGUCUCUGUGAUGUCUGACUGUAGAGGUUUCUUCUGGAGCUGCCAUUUGGGGGAGGGGGUCUGGGGGUCUCUGUCCGCCCCCAGAGCUUUUGUAUGCACACUUUUGUCCGCGGGAGGACGGUCCUUCCAGUCUACACUGUAACCUAUUAAAAGGGAGUUGGUUUAAA